AUGUGGAUUGGUGCAACUGCCGGUAUGGCCGGUAUCGUCACCGUGUACCCCGUUGACGUCAUCAAGACACGCAUGCAGAACAGCCGCGUAGCUACAAGCGCCAUCCAGACACUAACUACGAUCCUUCGUACAGAAGGAGUUGGCUCCUUUUACAAGGGCUUGGGGCCUCAACUUUUGGGUACAAUUCCAGACAAGGCCGUGUCUUUAGCGACGCGUGAAUUUGUCAAGGGUUUCUUUGAAAAACCCAAUGAGUUUAAGGCUUCUUUUACCUCUGCUGCUGUCUCUGGGGUCUUGCAAUCGAUUGUUAUGAAUCCAGUUGAAGUUGUCAAGGUUCGAAUGCAAUUAGACAGCACUUUAAAGCCACUGGGAGUCAUUCGGGACCUUGGACGACAAGGUCUUUAUCGUGGUUACUCGGCUUGUCUUGCUCGUGACGUCAUGUUUGCUUCGACAUACUUUACACUCUAUGAUCUGGCCAAGACACAGCUUGGUGUUCAUGAUGGAACUUCUCUUGGUUGGUCAAUGCUUGCAGCUUCAACAGCUGGCAUUCCUGCUGCAUUCUUAUCAACACCUUUGGAUCUACUCAAGACACGCAUGCAAUCACGUGACGCUACGGUCAAGGGCUUUAUGAACACGUACAGACAAGUGACAGCACAGGGUGGCUCUAGUGCACUCUUUUCUGGAUGGGGACCACGUGUGAGCCGCAUUGCACCUCAAUUUGGCAUUGUGCUCGUGUCAUUUGACUGGCUGUCGCACCGAUUCAACCCGGCGACGGAACCGGAACCUACAGACGCUGAUGCGUUUGCUGACUACUGA